GGCGCGAAUAUAGUUUCAUUCGCGAAAUAAAAUCUCAAUGUAAAGUCUCAAAAUUGGAUUUUUAAAUAUAUUUUCUGUUUAAUUUGAUAAAAACAAUAAACAUGGAAUUUUUGGAGCCAAAUAGAGCAAUGAGAUGCACCUGGACUCCGAAUUCUUCUAAUACACCUCAUUCUACUUUUCGGAAUCAAAUGAAUAGAAAGAAAAUAUUACCGAAUGUUUUGGAAGCAAUUGGAGAAACUCCAAUGAUUCGUUUGAAUAAAAUUCCAAAAUUACAUGGAAUUAAAUGCGAAAUGUUGGCAAAAUGUGAAUUUUUGAAUCCUGCUGGUUCAGUGAAAGACAGAAUUGGUUAUAGAAUGGUGAAGGAUGCUGAGGAUCAAGGAUUAAUAAAACCGGGAUAUACAUUAAUUGAACCAACAAGUGGAAAUACAGGAAUUGCAGUAGCGUUGGCAGCUUCUGUAAAAGGCUACAAGUGCAUUACGAUAUUUCCAAAUUUUAUAUCAAACGAGAAACAAGCGACAAUUGAAGCUCUUGGAGCUCAAGUUUUAAGAAGUCCUGUAGAUGCUGUAUGGGAUGGUCCAGAGGGAAUUUUUGCCAUUGCUGAAAAGCUGAACAAGAAUAUUCCAAAUAGUUUUAUACUGAAUCAGUGUUCGAACAGUGCAAAUGCUUUGGCUCAUUAUGAUACAACAGGAAUGGAAAUUUUUGAGCAAACUGAAGGAAAAAUUGAUUAUUUUGUCGCUGGAUCAGGAACUGGAGGAACUCUUACUGGUGUAGCACGAAAAUUACGUGAAUUAUCACCGGAGACAAAAAUUGUUGGCGUUGAUCCAGAAGGAAGUGUUGUCGCAGAACCUCCCGAAUUAAAUGAUCCAACUGUUACAUGGGAAAUGGAAGGAAUUGGCUAUUAUUUUGUCCCAACAAAUUUGGACAGGAAAAUAAUAGAUUUUUGGAUAAAGUCAAACGAUCGUGAUUCAUUUUUAACAGCACGAAGUCUUAUUCGUGAUGAGGGUUUACUUGUCGGUGGAAGUAGUGGAGCAAUUAUGUCAGCGGCUAUAAAAUUAGCGAAAAAUUUGCCAGAAGAUAAACGAAUUGUCGUUUUAUUACCAGAUGGAAUUCGAAAUUACAUGACAAAAUUUGUUUCCGAUUAUUGGAUGGAGUAUCAUGGAUUUAUGAAUCCCCCAGAACCAUCUGAGAAUAAUCGUUGGUGGUGGAAUCUUACAGUUUCGAAUAUUCAAUUAACUAAAUCAGUUGCACUUAAAAAAGAUGCAACUUGCAAAGAGACUAUGAAUAUUUUACAAGAAUCAAUGAUUCAUCAAAUUCCAAUUCUAAUAGAAAACAAUAAAGUCCAAGGUGUAGUUACACUCGAUGAAAUUCUGAACAAUUUAAUUCUAGGCAAAGUGAACGAUGAAGAUUCAGUGGAGAAAAUUAUGUCAAUGAAAUUUCCAAAAAUCGAAAGUUCAAUGACACUCGGAAAACUUUCAAGAAUUCUCGAAAAUCAAAAAUUUGCUAUUGUUCUAAAUAAUGACAAAUUUAUGGGAAUCGUCAGACAAGUAGAUUUAUUGAAUUUCAUCAAAACUAAUCGUGAUCGUUAAAAUUUUCAAUUUUUUUUAAAAAUAAAAUUCUAUUUUUGUUACUGCAAAUCUAUAAACUAGUAAGUAAAGUUAUUAUUAUUAAAUAAUAUAGUAUAAAAAAAAUAUAAAUAAAUUUAUUAGAAAGAAGUAUGCUUUGCAAAAAAAGAGAAAAAAAUAUUUAAAAUUUGUUAAAGAAACAUUAAUUAAAAUUAAUAGUAUUUUUUGUAUAUUUUGUAAUAAAAAUAAACUAGAAAUUCGAAAAAUAAA